AUUAAAAAUAUAACAAUAAGCUUCUAAAACUAAAAUAAGCAGAAAAUAAAGAGGGGUGGAAGAUCAUUAAGGGGUUAAUUAAAAUAAUAAGAUUUAUAGGUUCCAACCAACCAAAACUUGAAAACCGUGUAAUUUAGGCCUUGUGGACAUGUCGCCCACCCUCAUGGCAAAUCAAAACCAAUAUGAGUCUUCUCAAUUUCUGACUUGGCUUUGCUUUGCUUUUCAUUCUCUCUCUCUUAAUUAAAGCAGCUUCUAAUAUAUACUUUUAUAUAACUAUUUCUUUAAUGAACUUAUAUAUAUAUAUAUAUAAAAGGAGCCUAAGGUGACGGCUUUUCUUUUGAGCAUUAAUAAUUCAGUUACAUACAUACAUUGAUAUGGAAACAUAUGAACAAAUUGAUGCUCAUCAAACCCAAUCAUCUUCAUCUUCAUCUUCUUCAAUAGAUAGUAACAACUACCCUUCAUCACUAUGCCUCUCAAGUGUCUACAGAAAUAGUAGCAGCAGUAGAAACAGAACAGAUUUGAGCACUGACCUCAAACUUGGUCUUAGCAUCUCUCCUUCUUCUCAAUCUCAAUUACCAAGGGAGGAAACAUGUGAUUGGCCACCAAUUAAUAAGUCCAUAUUGAGAAGCACCUUGGCUGAGAAACAAAGACCUUCUUUAUUUGUGAAAGUUUACAUGGAAGGAAUCCCAAUUGGAAGAAAAUUAAAUCUGUUGGAACAUCAUAGCUAUGAUGGACUUAUUAAAGCUCUUUGUCAUAUGUUUAGGACCACCAUUCUUUGUCCUAACUCUCAACCACUUAAUUCAUGGAAUUUUCAUGUGCUAACAUAUGAAGAUCAAGAAGGAGAUUGGAUGAUGGUUGGAGAUGUGCCUUGGGAGAUGUUUUUGUCCAGUGUGAAGAGGCUGAAGAUCACAAGAGCUAACAGCUGCUAGUUAAUUUACUAAUGAAUACAAUCUCUCAAGACACAUGCUCCUCCUCAAUUUUCACUGUUCAUAAAUUUUUGUUCUAAUUGUUAAUUAGUGUGGGGUGGGUGAAAUUGUUAGAAAUUCCACAUAAAAAUUUGCCUUCAAUGAUUAUCAUAUGUGACUGCUAUUACACCCAAAAACAUAGAUGUAUAGCUUCUCACCUAGUUGUCAAUUUAGUGAAUACCUUAGCUAGCUACUGAGUUAGUAGUAAUUAAUUAAUCUCUAUGUUUAAUUUUAUGAUUGGAUCUUCCAAAUUCCAUCUUUGUUUUGGAACUAGCUCAGUUUGUAUUAGUAGUCAUUUGGUAUAUUGAAUUGCAUACCCUUUUGAUCA